UAAAAAAAAAAAAAAAAAAAAAAAAAAAGAAGAACAAAGUACCAGAAAACUGGUUACAGAUAACAAAGCUUCCUUUGUCUUCCUCUGCGUUUAGAUAGAGAGAGAGAGAGAGAGAGAGAGAGAGAGAGCUUUUCACAUGCAGUCUUCAAUGGCGACUAAUUCCAAGAACCACCGCGAAACAGAAAAAACCACCCAGAAACCUUCCAACGCCAACGGUGAAUUUCCCGAUGAAGAAGACAGGUGUCGGAUUGAGGAGGUGGCUCUGGUCGUGCCGGAAACCGACGACCCAUCGCUUCCUGUGAUGACUUUCCGGGCGUGGUUUCUGGGUUUGACUUCCUGCGUCAUCCUCAUCUUCAUCAACACCUUUUUCAUCUACAGGACUCAGCCGCUCACCAUUUCCGCGAUUCUUAUGCAAAUCGCUGUCCUUCCCAUCGGGAGGUUCAUGGCCUCCACGCUUCCCAAGAAGGAGUACGGCAUUUUCGGUUGGAGGUUCAGUUUGAAUCCUGGACCGUUCAAUAUGAAAGAGCAUGUCAUCAUCACCAUCUUCGCCAAUUGUGGUGUGUCUUACGGUGGGGGUGAUGCGUACUCAAUCGGUGCCAUUACCGUCAUGAAGGCCUAUUAUAAGCAGAGCUUGAACUUUCUCUGUGGGCUACUCAUCGUCUUGACCACUCAGAUAAUUGGUUAUGGAUGGGCUGGGAUGCUGAGGAGAUACCUAGUUGACCCUGUUGAAAUGUGGUGGCCUGCAAACCUUGCUCAGGUUUCUCUGUUCAGAGCCCUUCAUGAAAGGGAGCCCAAAUCAAAAGGCAUGACAAGAAUGAAGUUUUUCCUCAUUGCCAUGACAGCAAGCUUUGUCUAUUAUGCAUUCCCGGGCUAUCUGUUCCCAAUCUUGACAUUCUUCUCAUGGGUUUGCUGGGCCUGGCCACACAGUAUCACUGCUCAGCAAAUUGGUUCAAGUUACCAUGGUUUAGGGGUUGGUGGUUUCACCCUAGAUUGGGCUGGGAUUUCAGCUUAUCAUGGCAGUCCCUUGAUCACACCCUGGUCUUCCAUUGUUAAUGUUGGGGUUGGGUUUAUCAUGUUCAUUUACAUAAUUGUCCCUCUAUGUUACUGGAAAUUCAAUACCUUUGAUGCCAGAAAGUUCCCAAUUUUUUCUAAUCAGCUGUUCACAACCACUGGGCAUAAGUAUGAUACCACCAAGGUCUUGACUCCACAAUAUGAACUUAAUAUUCCUGCUUAUGACAGUUAUGGGAAGCUCUAUCUUAGCCCUCUUUUUGCCCUCUCCAUUGGAUCAGGAUUUGCAAGGUUUACAGCAACACUCACUCAUGUGGCGCUGUUUCAUGGCCGUGAUAUUUUUAGGCAAAGCAGAUCAGCAAUGAAAAAUGUGAAAAUAGACAUCCAUGAAAGACUUAUGCAAAGUUAUAAACAAGUGCCUCAAUGGUGGUACCUAAUUCUAUUGAUAGGAAGCAUAGCCCUGUCCUUGUUAAUGUCUUUUGUUUGGAAAGAUGAAGUGCAGCUGCCAUGGUGGGGUUUUCUGUUUGCUUUUGUCUUGGCGUGGGUUGUCACCCUUCCAAUUGGUGUCAUUCAAGCAACCACUAACCAGCAACCAGGGUAUGACAUCAUAGCACAGUUUAUUAUUGGAUAUAUCUUACCAGGAAAACCCAUUGCCAACUUGCUUUUCAAAAUCUAUGGACGAAUCAGCACCAUCCACGCUCUCUCUUUCUUAUCCGACCUUAAACUUGGACACUACAUGAAGAUUCCACCACGGUGCAUGUACACAGCUCAGCUGGUGGGAACUCUAGUUGCUGGUACAGUUAACCUUGCUACUGCAUGGUGGAUGUUGGAGAGCAUCGAGAACAUAUGCGAUGUUGAAGCUCUACAUCCUGACAGCCCAUGGACUUGUCCUAAAUUUCGUGUCACUUUCGAUGCUUCUGUUAUCUGGGGAUUGAUUGGACCAAGACGACUGUUUGGACCUGGGGGAUUGUAUAGGAACUUGGUAUGGUUAUUCCUGAUUGGAGCUUUCCUGCCUGUUCCUAUUUGGGUACUGAGCAAAAUCUACCCUGAAAAGAAAUGGAUUCCCUUGAUAAACAUACCGGUUAUAUCUUAUGGAUUUGCCGGUAUGCCACCAGCAACUCCCACCAACAUAGCAAGCUGGCUCAUCACUGGAACUAUCUUCAACUACUUUAUGUUCCGGUAUCACAAACGCUGGUGGCAGAAAUAUAACUAUGUUUUAUCUGCUGCUCUUGAUGCUGGCACAGCUUUCAUGGCUGUUCUUCUCUUUUUCGCAUUACAGAACAAUAACAAGAACCUGAAAUGGUGGGGAACCGAACUGGAUCACUGUCCCUUGGCAACAUGCCCAACUGCACCAGGUAUUAAAGUUGAAGGCUGUCCGGUUUUUACAUAGCCAAUGCGGAAAUGAAGAUAGUGUGUGUUAGUGAUGAAGGAACAGAAAUAUGGUUUGAUCAGUUGGGAGUUUGUGAAAGCUUUUAUUUAUUCUCUAGGAAAAAAAAAAAAAAAAAAAAAAAGAAA